AUGUUGCCCCCCCCCUCACGCUGUGGGGCUGCCCCCCCAUGUCCCCCCUCGCAGGGAGUCGACAUCCGUCACAACCGGGACCGCAAAGUCCGGCGCAAGGAGCCCCGGAGCCAGGAUGUCUAUUUGCGGCUGCUCGUGAAGCUCUACCGCUUCCUGGCCCGUCGCACUCGCGCCGCCUUCGCCCGCGUCGUCCUCAAGCGCCUGUUCAUGAGCCGGAGCAACCGCCCCCCGCUGGCGCUGUCCCGCCUG